GAAGUGUUGUUGUAUUUGUGAAAACCCUUGCAUGGCACCGACAUUGCACUGCAUUGCUAGCGAGCACUCUGAUCUAUAAAUAGGUGGCUAUUUUGACGCAAAAGCACAGCAGUAGAACCCCAAGUGUUGGGGGCAGGAAUUAAUGCAAGGGGCCGAUAGUCUCACAACGCUUUGGACAUGUUGCCGUUAGUGUAGCUUUCCUUUAUUAAAGGUUGUGCUGGUUGCACACUUGCAAGGAAAUAAUCCCUAAGAAAUUGUCCAAAACAUUUGUUGGCAGAGACGAGUGUUUCAAAUCCAACAUUGGAAAGUGAUGUCGUUUGCAUCCAAACUUCCUGCAUCCUGGAAAGACAGACCUCCUCCAAGGAAGGUAGAAAUUGACUUCAGUUCUCCUGGUUUAGCAGUGUUUGAAUUGGAAAGACUCUUGUUGACUGGCAAAGCCAUCAUCAGCCACGCAGAUGAAGUGUGGCCCAGGCUCUACAUUGGUGAUCAACACAGUGCAGAGAACUGGAACGGUUUAGCCAGGCAUGGAAUCACUCAUAUCCUUAACGCAGCUCACAGUAAACGUCGAAGAUGUCCUGACAUCUACCAGGGAUUGAAGAUCACCUACAUGGGCGUAGAGGCAAAUGAUUCCUACAAUUUUGACAUCAGUGUCAACUUCCAGGUAGCUGCAGACUUUAUUCACGCAGCUCUUAGCAGAGGAGGUCAUGUUCUGGUGCAUUGUCAUGUAGGAGUGAGCCGUUCUGCCACCCUGGUCUUGGCAUACUUGAUGCUGAAGCAGCGGCUCACCCUGGUGGAGGCUAUUUGUGCUGUGAAAGAAAACAGGGGGGUCAUUCCGAACCGAGGUUUCCUCCGACAACUUAUCUGUCUGGAUAGGCAACUUUUUGGCAUGCAUAGCUGAAGCCAGACAUUGGGGUGCAGCUGGGGAUUUUGGUCCUGAGGAAAAAAAAAAACAUCACAAACAUCCUCUUGGCUUAACUUCAAUGAUGCAAAAAUACAGUACUAUUUUCUAGGCUUGCUGACAGUCAUGGGCCCCUAGAAUAAUUUCAUUCGUCAUCACAUUUCUCCCCCCUCUGUCAACCCUGUGAUUAUAUUAUGUACAGUAUGUGUCUUCUUUUUUUAUCUAUACUGUAUUUUUGUCGUUUGAAUAAACUUGGUGUGAAAAGUU